CAGCUCUACACCGGCAGUUUCUCUCUGAGUGAUCGGAACAACAAACCGAACGGAGCAAGCGGGGUAAGAGCGUGUCCAAAACCGCCUCUGACCGCCACUUUCAAACUACAUCCAUGAAAUAGCCGCGAAUGCGCACUUUAAAGCCACUGGAGUCCAUCUAGCGCUUCAAGAAGUCCUUAUAAACAAUCCGGAACCGGCCCUGACGAUCGGAAAUAAGAGGUGCACCUGCAGCUUUCACUGGAGUUCCUUCACUCUUGACUGAAAGAGUCUCUGUCUGAGUGAUCAGCUCAGGAGCGGUGAAAUGGAGUCAUACUGCCCCACUGUGGCUACAAUAUAACUGUGUUUAUUCACCUAUCCAUGAUGACAGACUGAGUUUAUGAGACAAAAGUACCUGCUGUUGCCCUGUGUGUAUGAAGACAAAACCCUUGAUAAGUUGAAGUGGACCAGAAGAUGUUAAAGAAAUGAUAGCUGCACCGGAAUUACAAACAGAGUUUCAUUACACUCAGGACACUGACACCCGAUUCUCAUCAGACACUGAUUUCGAUGAUCCUGAUGGGAGGAAUGCCAUCAUCGGGAAAGGGAAGGCGAAGAAAGGAAAGAAGGGCCCUGGAGAGAAAGGGAAAGGAGUGGGGAAAGGAGCUGGACGCAUGAACGGUCACCACCAGGAAAACGGCAUGGAAAAUGUCAUGCUUUUUGAAGUGGUCAGGCUGGGAAAGAGUGCCAUGCAGUCAGUCGUUGAUGACUGGAUUGAGUCCUACAAAUAUGACCGAGACGUCGCACUUCUCGACUUGAUCAAUUUCUUCAUCCAGUGCUCUGGCUGCAAAGGUGUUGUCACGGGUGAGAUGUUCCGCAACAUGCAAAACUCUGAGAUCAUCAGGAAGAUGACAGAAGAGUUUGAUGAGGACAGUGGUGAUUACCCGCUCACCAUGGCCGGGCCGCAGUGGAAGAAGUUCAAGUCUAGUUUCUGUGAGUUUAUUGGCGUGUUGGUACGGCAGUGUCAGUACAGCAUCAUCUAUGACGAGUACAUGAUGGACACGGUCAUCUCACUGCUCACCGGCCUCUCUGACUCUCAAGUCCGAGCCUUCAGACACACCAGCACACUGGCAGCUAUGAAGUUGAUGACGGCCCUCGUGAAUGUAGCUCUGAACCUCAGCAUCAACAUGGACAACACUCAGCGGCAGUACGAAGCAGAGAGGAACAAGAUGAUUGGCAAGAGGGCCAAUGACAGACUAGAGCUUCUGCUUCAGAAACGCAAGGAGUUGCAAGAAAAUCAAGAUGAGAUUGAGAACAUGAUGAAUGCCAUUUUCAAGGGUGUAUUUGUUCACCGAUAUCGUGAUGCAAUAGCAGAGAUCCGGGCGAUCUGCAUCGAGGAGAUUGGGGUGUGGAUGAAAAUGUACAGUGAUGCAUUUCUUAACGACAGCUAUCUGAAGUACGUGGGCUGGACCAUGCACGACAAGCAAGGUGAGGUGCGUCUGAAGUGUCUCACGGCUCUGCAGGGGCUGUACUAUAACCGCGAGCUCAAUGCCAAGUUGGAGCUCUUCACCAGCCGCUUCAAGGACCGCAUUGUCUCCAUGACGUUGGACAAGGAGUAUGAUGUUGCAGUGCAAGCAAUAAAACUGCUCACACUGGUGUUACAUAGCAGUGAUGAGGUUCUGACUGCAGAAGACUGUGAGAGCGUGUACCACCUUGUGUAUUCAGCCCACCGACCCGUCGCUGUGGCAGCAGGAGAGUUCCUCUUUAAGAAACUGUUCAGUCAUAGAGACCCUGAAGAUGACAGCAUGCCCAAGAGACGAGGCAGACAGAGUGUGAACGCCAACCUCAUCAAAACCACUGUCUUUUUCUUCCUGGAGAGUGAGCUUCAUGAGCAUGCAGCCUACCUAGUGGACAGCAUGUGGGACUGUGCAGGAGAGAUCCUGAAGGACUGGGAGUGCAUGAUCAGCCUACUACUGGAUGAGCCACUGCCUGGAGAGGAAGCUCUGACGGACAGACAGGAGACGGCUCUGAUAGAGAUCGUGCUGUGCACCAUCCGUCAGGCUGCAGAGUGCCAUCCUCCUGUGGGCAGAGGCACAGGCAAGAGGGUUCUGACAGCGAAGGAGAAGAAGACUCAGCUUGAUGACCGGACGAGAAUGACGGAGCUCUUUGCUAUAUCACUGCCAGCUUUACUUGCAAAGUACUCUGUGGAUGCAGAGAAAGUGACAAAUCUGCUGCAGCUGCCCCAGUUUUUUGAUCUGGAGAUCUAUACCACAGGGCGUUUGGAAAAGCACCUGGAUUCAUUGUUAAGACAAAUCAGAGAGAUUGUGGAGAAGCACACGGACACAGAUGUGCUCGAGGCUUGCUCUAAAACCUACCACUCCCUGUGCAACGAGGAGUUCACUAUCUUUAACCGGGUGGAUAUCGCCCGUAGCCAGCUCUUGGAUGAGCAAGUGGACAAAUUUAACAGGCUACUGGAGGACUUCCUGCAGGAGGGUGAAGACCCAGAUGAAGAUGAUGCUUAUCAAGUUCUGUCCACACUGAAGAGGAUCACAGCUUUCCACAAUGCUCAUGACCUUUCCAAAUGGGACCUAUUCACUAGCAAUUACAAGUUACUGAACACUGGUAUUGAAAACGGAGACAUGCCUGAGCAGAUUGUCAUUCAUGCACUGCAGUGUACACAUUACGUCAUUCUUUGGAGUUUAGCCAAGGUCUCUGAGGGCACUUCUAAAAAGGAGGACAUGUUGACUCUGAGGAAGCAGAUGAGGGCGUUUUGUCUAAUGUGCCAGCGUUACCUUACCAGCGUCAACACUGCCGUCAAAGAGCAGGCCUUCACCAUCCUCUGUGACCUGCUGCUGAUCUUCAGCCAUCAGAUCAUCUCAGGUGGGAGGGAAGCUCUUGAGCCCCUAGUAUACACACCUGAUGAGUCCCUGCAGUCCGAUCUUCUCAAUUUCAUCCUCGACCAUGUCUUCAUUGACCAGGAUGAAGACAGCAACAGCACAGAUGGGCAGCAGGAUGAUGAAGCCGGUAAAAUCGAAGCUUUGCACAAGAGGCGAAACCUGCUGGCCGCAUACUGCAAACUCAUUAUCUACAAUGUUGUUGAGAUCAACACUGGUGCAGACAUUUUCAAGCAAUACAUGAGGUAUUACAAUGACUAUGGUGACAUCAUCAAGGAAACUAUGAGCAAGACAAGACAGAUCGACAAAAUCCAGUGUGCAAAGACACUCAUUCUGAGCUUACAGCAGCUAUUCAAUGAGAUGCUGUCAGAUCUGGGACCUAGCUUUGACCGCUCAUCCUCAGCUUUCUGUGGCAUUAAAGAGCUCGCUCGACGCUUCUCUCUGACUUUUGGUCUGGAUCAGCUCAAAACCAGAGAGGCCAUCGCUAUGUUACACAAGGACGGUAUUGAGUUUGCCUUCAAAGAGCCCAAUCCUCAGGGGGAGGGACAUCCUCCUCUCAACCUGGCUUUUCUUGACAUUCUCAGCGAGUUCUCAUCCAAACUCAUGCGUCAGGACAAGCGGACUGUGCACAUGUAUUUGGAGCGCUUCAUGACAUUUCAGAUGGCCCUGCAGAGAGAAGACUGCUGGCUGCCGCUCAUCUCUUACAGGAACUCAUUGCAGGCAGGGGGUGAUGAUGACACUAUGUCUGUGGUCAGUGGCAUCAGUAGCCGAGGCUCCUCCGUCAGGAGUAAAAAAGCUAAGCCUGCCACUGGCAAGAGGAAAUUACCAGAAGAGGAGAGCAGCAGCAGCAGCAGUGAAGUAUGGAUGAGCCGUGAGCAGAGCAUGCAGACGCCCAUCAUGAUGCCUUCACCCCACCUCACCUCCACCAUCAUGAGAGAGCCCAAACGCCUGCGUCCUGAGGAGAGCUACAUGGGGGUGUACACCAUGACCCCCGAUCAGCAACAGCAGCACACACACCCUCAGACCCCUCAGCCACAACACCACCAAACACCCAUGGACUACAACACACAAGUCACCUGGAUGCUAGCACAGAGACAGCAGCAAGAGGAGGUGGCCAGACAGCAGCAGGAGAGAGCUAUGAACUACGCCAAAUUAAGGAGUAACCUUCAGCAUGCCAUUCGUCGAGGAACAGGCCUUAUGGAGGAUGAUGAGGAACCCAUUGUGGAAGAUGUGAUGAUGUCAUCAGAAGGCCGAAUUGAGGAUCUCAAUGAAGGCAUGGACUUUGACACCAUGGAUAUCGAUCUGCCCCCAUCGAAGAAUCGACGAGAGAGAUCGGAACUGAAGCCCGACUUUUUCGACCCUGCCUCCAUCAUGGAUGAGUCUGUAAGAAGCACUCAUUUCCUGGGUUAUGAUGCUUUUCAGCGGUAAUGGGGGACUCGUUCACUCCGACACUAAGGACCUGAAAGAGAGAUCACCACUAGAUGGCACUAGCAGGAGUGAUUUCAGAUAGUUUGAAUUGCCCUUGUGCAAAAAGACAGAGAGGGGGAGAGCGUCUCACUAUUAUAAAUACUAAUCAGACCCAUCUGGACUGAUGAUUGAAUUAAACGUUUGUUUGGUAACUCUAAACACUGAACUGAAUUUGAACAUUUUCUCUUAUAGGUCCUGGGAGUGCCCAUGUUUUAAGAUUAUAAUUGGAGGCGUGUGAAGAGAAGAGACGUUUUGCGUGAAUUCACAUUGUUUCUCUAAAGAGAAUUAAAUUCAAUGGAGUGAUUGGCAUCCAAAUCAGCUCGUACCAUUGACACUUACUAAAACGCAGGAAGGAUAAAGGAGCAAUUCAAAGUCUUUGCAAUCAUUGUGUGGGCUUUCCCUGAUCGUGCAAAACAGUGAGAGUAGAUACUGAACGCCAUGGAAUCUCAGACUGUCCUUAGCCAUACAUGAGUUUAUGAUAA